AGAGAGAGAGAGAGAGAGAGAGAGAGAGAGAGAGAGAGAGAGAGAGAGAGAGACGUUGUGUUCACAGUGUGAUAAUGUAUUUUACUGUGUGCUGAAAGGACUGCACAAAGGACGACCAAGAGGGAGAGAGAGAGAGAGAGACAAGCAGACAGAUAGACGGACAGGCUGCCAAACAAACGGACAGGACAGAUACACAGACGGAGCAAACAGAAAGACAAACAGACAGACGGACAUACAGAACUCCGAACAGAGAAUGACUUUUACACCGGUGACCCUGACGAGGACAGAAAAACAGACACAGCGCGAGUUGGUCGCCCUAGACUGACGGAGAGACCCCCCCACCCCCCCCCCCCCCCCAACCAUGCAGGACAACUCUGGGGGACGGGACCCUCUCGGCGUCGUCACGCCAGGAAGGGACCUCACGGCCGACUCCGCCGGCACCCCGGAGCUCGCUGGUUCGGCGAGUUCCGUAGAGGUGGGCGUGGCCAGCACGGCGCUAGCGCCGGAACCCCGCGAGGCCCACCCAAAGGUGUCGUCGACGUCGCCCUCGACUCCGCCCACGGAGCCCCAAACCCCGGUUUCCGCCCAGGCGUCUGAUUGGUCGGAGGACGUCGCCCCACAAGUCGGGGGCGACCUCAAUGCUUCCAGGGAGAAGGACGAAAAUGACGGAAAAAUUGUCGGAAGUGCCGGAAAUUGCGUAAGAGACAUAGAAGACGAAGGAGAUGAAGAAGACGUGUGGGCCCGAGCUGAGGACGAUGGCGACGGGGGAGGGCUGCACAGGAGGCCCUCGGGGGCCCACUCCUGCGUCCGAUGCGGCAUGGACCAGGCGACGGGCUGCCGGUGUAACCAUGGCAGCCUGGGCGGCGAGGACUCGGAGGCGGGCGGCGGCGGCUGGUCGGGGCGCAGCGUGAGCCUGUGCUGCUGCUACCGGGCGGUGAGCCGAGGCUUCCUGCGGUGCCUGGAGGAGACCCCCGCCAUACUGCCCGGGCUGCUGCUCACCCUGCUCUUCACCAUCACCAUCAUCAUCCUCAUCCCCACCAUGUGCAAGAUCAUGGACGUGCACGUGGGGGCCCUGGCGGUGGUGUGCGUGGUGCUGUGUCUGGGCUGCCUCCUGCUGGCGUGCCUGCCCUGGCUGGCCAGCGUGAGGCGCUGCAGCGGGGCGCUGGCCCUCUCCGUCUGGCUCAUGCUCUACACCACCGCCCUGGUGUUCAUCUUCACCGGGGGGCCCGUCCUCGCCUGGGAACAGGUGGCGUUCUUCCUCUUCCUCUCUCUGAGUGUGUACACCGUACUUCCUCUAUCGCUGAGCUGGGCCCUCAUCGUUGGCACGGCAACCAGCCUGUCGCACAUCAUCAUCAUCAGUACCUACGUGUCCGUCAAGCGCCCAGACACACCCCACCUGGUAGUACAGCUGGUGGCCAACGCAGUGAUGUUUGUGUGUGUGAACGGCGUGGGGCUGUUCCACCUGUGGAUGACGGAACGCGACCGGAGGAUCUCCAACCAGAAGAGGGAGGAGUUCAGCUGCAUACGCAGCAAGAAGGAGGUCACCAAGUACCAGCAGGAGCAGCUGCUUCUGUCGGUGCUGCCGCGCUACAUCGCCCUGGAGCUGAAGACGGAGGUGGUGAAGCGCCUGUCCAAACCCGAGGCGUGCCAGGGGGACACCAACACCUCCAACAACUUCCACAGCCUCUACGUCCGCCAGCAUAAGGACGUCAGUAUUCUGUAUGCAGACAUCGUGGGCUUCACCAAGCUGUCCAGCAGCUGUACACCUGAGGAGCUGGUGGUCGUCCUCAACAAGCUCUUCGGACGCUUCGAUGACAUCGCGAAGAAGAACGAGUGCCUGCGCAUCAAGAUCCUGGGGGACUGUUACUACUGUGUGUCGGGUCUGCCGGACCCCACGUCCUCCCACGCCAGGAACUGUGUUCAGAUGGGCCUGGACAUGUGCACCGCCAUCAAUAAGCUACGCGAGGCCACCGGGGUGGAGAUCAGCAUGCGGGUCGGAGUUCACACCGGCAACGUGCUCUGCGGUGUGAUUGGCCUACAGAAGUGGCAGUAUGAUGUUUGGUCACAUGACGUGACGUUGGCCAAUCACAUGGAGUCGGGAGGACUUGCUGGCCGAGUGCACAUCUCUGAGGAAACCAUGAGGCACUUAAACGGGAUGUACCAAGUUGAGGACACAGACGGGGGCGCCAGGGACGCUCUCCUCCAGGGCAGGAAGACUUACCUGGUGACUGACCCCCACAAGAGGAAAGCAAGGAGGCCUUUUGAGAGCAACUCCCUGGGAGCCAGGGGGACCAAGCUACGGGCGUCGGUGCGUAUGUCCCAGUACCUGCAGUCCUGGCAGACCAUCCACCCCUUCGCCGACCUCAGCAACCCUGAGGCCGCCGCCCUCCAGCCCCGCCUCCGGCCCACCCGGGCGUCGGCCACCCGGGCGCUGCCCGACCUGCAGGAAGGACCGCUGGAAAACACAGGGCCAGUCAGUGUGCAGAUGGAAGAUGUCCGAAUCGCCCGGGCAUCCCUGGACACGGUGGAGUGUGCAAGGAGGAGGACAAAGAAGCUGAACUGGCUAACGUUGUGGUUUAAUGACAUUGAGCUUGAGAAACAGUUUCGUCUCUCUGAGGUCUCUGGUCUUCAUAACUCCAUGGGAUGCUCCGCUUUCAUCUUCAUCACUAUGUUUACUGUCCAGAUGCUGGUCUCUGAGCUGAACUUUGCGAUGGCGGUGUCGUACGGGGUCACCUUCUUUGUGGUCAUCCUGCUGCUGACCGUGGUGUUCACAGGAUACCUGGAGCGUUGGCGCUCCAAGAUGCCGGUGGGGAUCCAGUGGUUCUCGGGGCUGUGGCGGGGCCUGUCCUCCAGGGUGGCGCUACGACUGCUGCUGCUCAGCCUCUUCCUCCUCGUCAUCCUCCUCAUGGCCUUCCUCAACAUGAUCUUCAUCAGCGGUGAUAAUUGUAAGUUUAUCACCAGCAGACCAGACCUACAAGACCUCAACCUCCACACCUACGUUUACUACCUGUACUGCUGCCUCCUUGCGCUGCUGGCGGUGGUGGUGUUUGUGAGGAUGUCUGCGCUGUUCAAGUCGUUCCUGCUGACCCUGGCCGUGGUGGUCUACCUGGCUCUCUUCCUGCAUGUCUACGCAGAGAGGGCUCACUGUCUGGUGGCGUUGCACUACAACCUCACCAGGCCUGGUAUACUGAAGGACCCUCAGAUCAUGUCAGGAAUCUGGCUGGUCAUGUUCUACUUCACAUGUCUUGUACUCAUCAGACAGGACGAGCUGUCCAGCCGGGUAGAGUUCCUGCUGGGCCGGUGCUUCCGAACGGAGCAGGAGGAGAUGGAGACCAUAGAGAACGUCAACAAGCUGCUCCUGCAGAACGUCCUGCCGCUGCACGUGGCUUCCUACUUCAUGGGCAAGGCUGUAUGCAAUCAGGACCUGUACAGCCGUUCGUGUGACUGCGUGUGCGUGAUGUUCGCCUCGGUGCCGGAGUUCAAAGAGUUCUACAGUGAGAGCAUGGAGAACCGAGACGGGCUGGAGUGCAUCCGCUUCCUCAACGAGAUCAUCUCCGACUUCGAUGAGUUGCUGUCCAAGCCCAAGUUCUGCUGCGUGGAGAAGAUCAAGACCAUCGGGAGCACCUACAUGGCCGCCGCCGGCCUAACCAAUCAGGGGGGGGAAAAGCCCAAGGCGGUGGACAUGUUUCACAGCAACAUGCGCUCCAUGGUUGAGUUCGCCAUGGCCCUGAUGGCCAAGCUGGAGCUGCUCAACACACACUCCUUCAACAGCUUCAAACUGCGUAUCGGAAUAAACCAUGGGCCAGUGAUCGCGGGGGUGAUCGGAGCCCACAAGCCCCAGUACGACAUUUGGGGCAAUGCAGUCAACGUGGCCAGCAGAAUGGACAGCACUGGAGAACUCAACAAGAUACAGGUCACGGAGGAGACUGCGGAGGUGGUCAAGGCUCUAGGCUUCGGGGUCACUCUACGCGGGGUGAUUAAUGUUAAGGGCAAAGGUCAACUCACCACUUACUUCAUAACACCAACUAAUAAAUUCCCCGGUCCUCCCCUCAGCCAAUCACAGCACUGCCAGCUGAUCAUGUGAUUAUGUGGCCGUGGAAAUUAACUGAGUCUUAUAGGCUGAACCUCCAAUCAGAUGGUGGGGCUUGACAUUCCCACCAUGAAACCGGAAAGCGGGAUAGACUAGUGGUCAGGGGGUUCGACUUCCAGCCAGGAGGUUUCGGGUUCGGACCCCACUGACUGCAGCCUUGCCUGUAGGCCUCCAAGACAAGAUGCCCCCUUGAAGCUGAAUUCCCAUGAAGCUGAAUUCACCUUCUGCGUCCCACAACGGGUGAGAGCCGCCCAGCGACGGAGAACCACGCCGCGGAGCUGCCUGCAUACAUGCUCUCCUUAGGGGAAGGGGAAACGCAUGUUGUAAAGGCAUGAUAUCCACGGGAAAAAUAUGCUAUAAUGUCAUUUAAAUGCAAUUCUGAGGCGCGGUUGGAGUGCGGAGGUGCCGGACGAAGAUGUGAGACUGGGCCUUAACCCCUACCUACUCCCUACAUGUAUCUGAAUUCACUGAACGUCACUUUGAGUAAAAGCAUCUGCUAGAUAGUCAAUUGGACUGUGGAAUGAUGUUAUAUGGCUGCCUUAAGAAAAUGUAUAUUUGAAGCAUAAUAAUGUCGUUCUUUAUAAUAGAGAGGGUAUGUGUUUGUUUAUGUUUUGCUCUGAUAUGACGAAUGUAAAGCCUGAUAAAUAUUGAGCACAGCUCUUUUAUUACACAUUACACAUAAAAAUAUGUUUUUAGUUUAUUUUCGGUUUAGUGCAAUUUAUGAAAAAAAUGUCAGUUAUGGUAUCAAACAUUCAGGAAGUCUUCACAGUUUGAUUCUGUGCACGUGAAUAUUCGAAUAGUUUACUCCAGCUUCUAGGCAUAGUAUUUUUCUACUUUUAUUUAUGAAUCUAAAAUAAUAAUAAUAAAUAUAUUAUACUUGGA